UCUGCUCACCGUCACCGAGACCUCACAAAAUUUCACUCUCUGCAACAGAAAUUUGAAAUCCCUGAAGAAAAAUGCUCCACUGCAAUCCUUCCGUCCUCUCCAGAACCUCGUUUGGAUCUCUAUGUCCUCAUCCUUCGAUAAUUCGUCGCAGAUCGUCUUCAAGCUCCAUCGUCGCUGAUUCUACGGCCAGGGAUAGCUCUGCUGUAGCUACUUCACAGUCGCGAAGGAGCAUUUCCGCUCAGGAAGCUCGACUUUCUCUUGCUUUUGCACUUGCUUCUCAAGCAUCUGCUCUCUCUCAGCGCGUUUUAUUGGAAUUAGCUUCUGAAACUUCGAAAUACUUGUUGCCUAAAAGGUUCGAGAGUCGGAAUUUAGAGGAGGCUUUAAUGGCAGUUCCUGAUCUCGAGACCCCGAAGUUCAAGGUCUUAAGUCGAAGAGACGAAUAUGAAAUAAGGGAGGUUGAGUCGUACUUUAUAGCGGAAACAACCAUGCCGGGAAAGAGUGGAUUUGAUUUCAGUGGUGCAUCUCGAUCCUUCAAUAUCUUGGCCGAGUACCUUUUUGGUAAGAACAAGGCAAGAGAGAAAAUGGAAAUGACAACACCAGUUUUGACGAGUCAAUACAAGUCUGAUGGGGAAAAGAUGGAUAUGACAACCCCUGUAAUAACCAAAAAUGUCGAUGGUAAAGAUCAGUGGAAGAUGUCAUUUGUGAUGCCCUCCAAAUAUGGUCCAAACUUGCCAGUGCCCCAAGACACAUCGGUUAGGAUUCAAGAAGUCUCAAGGAAAAUUGUUGCGGUUAUAGCCUUUUCAGGUUUUGUCACCGAUGAAGAAGUCAAACGGAGAGAAUCUAGAUUAAGGGAUGCUUUGAAGAAUGACAAGGAGUUUCAAGUUAAAGCUGGCAGUUUUGUGGAGGUAGCACAGUAUAAUCCACCCUUUACUCUUCCAUUUCAACGUCGUAAUGAGAUUGCACUGGAAGUAGAGAAGAAAGAAGUAUAGCAGUAUCAUUAUAGAUCUUGAAAUUCGUCUCUGGUGUAUAGCCACAUUUUACUCAUAUUAUAUGAACUGUAUAUGAGUGUGUAUAUGUCACUUUCACUUUUAAAUACAGCUCCAUCAAGUAAUGGAUGGUGCACCAAUGGAACUCAAUAGUCAAUACUGAAGAUUUGAACAUGCUAAUGUCCUCACACAUUUCACCCCGGUCUACACCUCCUGGAUAUAAUAGUUGGGAAUUUCCAUGUUCCUUGGGUUUGGAUAAA